UGAUCGGGAGCCGCCGCGGUACCUGGAGGCGGCUCCUCCCCGGCGGCAGGAAGGGAGCGGCCGGCGGGGCGGCCGGAUCCGCCGCGGGGCUGCAGUGCUGAGGCGCCGAGGCGAGGGGAGGCAGCGCGACCCUCAGCGGCGGCCAUGGCUUUCGGGAAACCCCCCAAGGACCCUUUCAGCACCGUCGUGGGGCGCCUGGUCGAGCGGGCGACGUUCGGAGCGCUGCAGACGGAGGAGUGGGGCCAGUUCCUGCACAUCUGCGACCUGAUCAACGCCACGGAGGAGGGGCCUAAAGAUGCAGUUAAAGCGUUAAAGAAAAAGCUUUCCAAAAACUGUAACCAUACGGAGAUCAGACUUACCCUCUCUUUGCUUGACAUGUGUAUAGAGAACUGUGGCCCAAGAUUCCAGUCUUUAGUUGUGAAGAAAGAUUUCUGUAAAGACAAACUAUUGAAACUACUGAAUCCAAGAUACAAUUUGCCGAUUGACAUGCAGGAGAAAAUCCUGACCUUUAUCAUGAUGUGGGCCCGAGGGUUCCAAGGAAUGGUGGAUGUGAGCGAAGUAAAAGAAGUUUAUCUAGAAUUGCUGAAGAAAGGAGUGGAGUUUCCGUCUUAUGACACCAACACAGGGCUACCUAAGCAGACUUCGUCUCAGCCUUCUACAAAGUCAUCACCAUCUUCUGCUUCCCCUGCAAAACGUUCUUUAUUGCCUCUUCCCACAGGUCCAACAUUAUUGCUGACUUCUGAGCAGAUUGGGAAACUGUACAGUGAACUGGAUAUGGCAAAAAUGAAUGUGAAAGUCAUGUCAUCAAUAUUAAAAGAAAAUGUUCCUGGCUCUGAAAAUCCGGAUGAUAUGAAUCUUUUACAGAAACUGUAUAAGACCUGUCGGAUGAUGCAGGAGAGGAUCAUGGAAUUGUUGGUGACAGUGGAGAAUGAAGAUGUGAUAGUUGAGUUAAUACAAGUAAAUGAAGAUCUGAAUAAUGUUCUCCUGGGACAUGAAAGGUUCUCUCGAAAUAGAGUUCGUUUUUUGGAGAAUCAGAGAAUAGAACGUGAACGUGAAGAGCUGUACAGGAAACAGCCGUCUGCCCCCUCAAGUGAUCUACUUGACCUCUCUACAGAUUCUCGAUCUCCUGUGUCAGCAGUGAUGGGAACCAGCUCUGAGGUGUCUCAGUUUUCAGGCCUCAAUCAUGUAUCUGCACACCCUGAAGACGCAAAGAGGCAUCAUCCAUCAAUUUAUCCACAGCUAGAUUUAGCAACUACUACAAAAUCUCAGGAGUUCCUAUUUGCAACUGAAGCACAAAACAAUAGCGUAAGCAUCCCAGCUGGACAUACAUAUAGCAAUCUUACGACUCCGUUAAGCCCAGUGCCUCUGAAUCCAGUAGAUGUGCAGACUGGACAUACAACAUCAUUAAAUGGAGCAUCACCAGCAGCUGCGUCACAGAGCAAGUCACAGGCACCUCAUUACUAUGAGGUAAUGGAAUUUGAUCCCUUGGCUCCCAAAGAUGCUAUUUAUGAAGAAAUUAAGGACACUCUACUGAAGCCAGAAGUUAAUAAGGAUGCAGAAUGCUGAGGGUGGACGUGGAUUCUUUUACCGAAAACACAAGUGAUUGAUGCCAGUACUAUGCACUGUUUCCAUUAAUGUGUAAGUGAAUAGGAGAACGGUCUUGUAUUUUGACACAACAAAAAAUAAGUAUUGGAAUAUCAAGCCAUGUGGAAGAGUUACUUGGAUAUCUGCACCUUGAUAAUUUGUCUGAAAUGUUCAACUUGUGGUGCCUUCCAUGAUUAUUUUUAAAGCACUGGGGCCUUUAAAAUAUGCUUUCCAAAUUCACCUGUGUGUGAAGUAACACUUGACAUCUGACACAAGUAAACCAAAAGGACUCUUGCAACUAUAGUAGAAAGCUUUUCCUUCAGGUUAACUACUCCAUUGCACUGCUUUAUCUUUUUAUGCAGCAACCAAAACACCACUUUGGAUUAUGGAGUUUCUGUAAAUACAAUAUCUGUUUUGGCCUCAUUGCUGCCUAUGUUAAUCUCCAUGGAAAUUGGUAAGGGCUUUUCCAUAUAUAGAAAUCUAAAAUUGGGCCUCUUCAGAGUUGUCUGAAGACAUUCAGUGUUAAACUGUUUGCCUUUAUAUUCUGAACGCAGGUUGUCUUCCUCCUGAAACCCCGCAAAUUAAUUGGAUUUUUUUCUUGGUAGGAAUCUGAGCUGGGACGUUAGGCACUGUCAUCCUUGAUUAACAGAACAGAAAAAAACCUGCUCGUUCUUAUGCUGUCGUUGCUUCUAAUUUUAUGUACUCAGUAAAUAAUGGAAAGGGAUCAAUCAUUUCUUUUCAGUGCUCCUGCCCUGCAGAGACUUUUGUUCUAGUACAAUGCAGAUGAGCAUUAGUUAUCCUGUUAUUUUAAUCAAAUAGUUUAACCCUGUUAAUAGUUUUAUCUUUUAAUAAAGUGCCUUCUCUAUUUUUAUGCUGAAUGUAAAAUUUGCACUUGGACAGAUUCAGGAAUUCUGUGAAUUUGUAACUGGUACAAAAUUUGAGAACUUUGUUCAUGUUCAUAGCUGCUAAGCUGACUGUUUUUAGGUACUACAUUUUAAGCUUUCAUUAUAGUAACGUUGUGGGUGAUACCAAGUUCUCAGUCUGUUACACAGAUUUUGUAGUACAAAAUUCCAAAUAAAAACAAAUGCUUACUGAGAA